GGGCCCUACAUCUACCCCACAAGGAGCACAGGAAGCCCUUUACAGCAGCAAAUGACAAUUUUCUAGGACAUUGGUGUCCCAGUUAAGCGUGUAUCGGUCGGUUGUAUCAGCAUUGGGUGGUGAGGAAGACAGCUUUGCUUCUGUGCAGCUCACCCGCGAUGGAUAUCCCUCCACCAAAGCAGAUGUUGACAAUUGGGAUUGGCAUGUGGAUGAAGGUCGAUCCAGUGACAGACACUGCCAUGGCUCUGAAGAGACCAUCCCCCAUGGUCCUGCUGCCCCUCGCCCUGCUGGUUGCCUGCCUGGCCCUGGCCAGUGGGCAGCCAUGGAAUCUCUUGAAUGACAGAUUCCAGAGACAGCACGUGAACAACCCCAAGAACGAAGCUCCCAGCAACAGAGCCUACUGCAAGAUGAUGAUGGUGGACCGGGGAGUAAUCUGGAAGUACACCAAUACCUUCAUCCAUGAGCCCGUCAACACUAUCAAUGCCGUCUGCAAGGACGAUGGCAUACCCGUUGGGGGCUUCAAUCGCCAGAGCAAGAAGACCUUCAAAAUCACCACCUGCACAUUUAACAUCUUGACCUUCUCUUUCAAUGGACUCAAUGGCACAAGCAAAAUUGUCCUCACCUGCUUGAAUGGACUCCCUGUGAGAUUUGUGAGGUACAUUUAGGACCCAGCCAGGGUGCGGAAGGCAAGAAGGGAACCCUGCUGCUUGCUCUAACCCUACUCUGUCCCUUCCAAACUGGCCACGGCACCUGGCUCCUCACCCACCUCUAAACACUAGUGAGAUGGUAUACGUGUUUCCACCCCUCAACCUCUGCUGCCCCUAGUGACCAUUACACAAUAUAGACACCCACUCCCUGUCCUCACCUUGUGCUUCCCCUAGUGUCCAUUAUACUGUAUAGCCACCGCUUCCCCACCGCUCACCCUCUGCUGUUCUUAGUGACCACUAUACUGUAUAGCUGGCCCUUCCCUGCCCCUCACCCUCUACUGUUCCUAAUGGCCACUAUAUUGUAUAGCUAGCCUUUCCCUGCCCCUCACCCUCUGCUGUUCCUAGUGGCCACUAUACUGUAUAGCUGGCCCUUCCCCAUCUUGUUAACCCUACUGUCACAUGGUGGCCAUCUAAAAGCCUAUCCUUAAAUUAAGAAUUAUUAAUCAGUUUCAUGGUCUUGUAUUGCGUAUUCAGCCUGAUCAUAAGCAAUCCUCAUAUAUGUCAAGAUUUAGUGUUAUUGGUCGUUUGCUUCACUUUUUUUCC